AUGUUUGGGUGGCAGGGCAUCACGACGGACUCAGGAGAUGGAUCCCAGCUUCCAGACUAUCAGAUCCCUCUCGAUCCACAACUUGAAUCCGAAGAGUUGCCUCAAACGAGUAGCCAGAAUGAGAGCAUCGCUGCGCUGGAGGCGUUGGACACAGGUCGGGAAGAUGUCUUUCUGGGUUUGCUUGGUAGCAUCGAGCCUUCUCGAUCACCAGGGCCGCAUGACUAUCGACCAUCUCAAACGGCCUCUCAUAGAAGCCCUCGGCAAAACAUUCCAAUCACCUCGGAUAACCCCGAGUCCAUCUUCUCCUCGACCAUUCCUUCAAGGAGCACCACUUCCGAUCUUCUGCCCACUCAGCCCCCAGCCCGUACAACUCAGCGCCGCGAUCACUUCGCAUCUGGCGCCAAACGCAAAGCCAACGGAUCCCCAACGACUGAUCUUGAUUCUAUUGAUGAAGAUAACGCCAAUGCCAUCAAAAGACAACGCAAUACCGUCGCAGCUCGAAGAUAUCGUCAAAAAGGCCGAGAUCGCAUAGCGGAGCUAGAAUCUGCUCUCAAAGGUGUUGAGGAGGAGCGCGACAAACUGAAGCUGCAGCUCGCGAGGAAGGAGGCCGAGGUUGAUGCUUUGAGAGAAAUAAUGAAGAAAUAG